UUUUUUUUUUUCAGCCCUCUUCACAACAGUGUUCAUUUCUCCAGUCUGUCACCCCAAUUAUACUCCGUUCCUUACAUCCUUUUCAAACUCAUGGGUCUGACAAUUUCUAAACUGUUCGCUGAUCUCUUCCACAAGCGAGAAAUGCGCAUCUUGAUGGUGGGAUUGGAUGCUGCUGGCAAAACCACCAUCUUGUACAAACUCAAGCUCGGAGAGAUCGUCACCACCAUUCCCACAAUCGGAUUCAACGUCGAAACUGUCGAGUACAAAAACAUCUCCUUUACCGUUUGGGACGUCGGCGGUCAAGACAAGAUUCGUCCUCUGUGGCGCCAUUACUUCCAAAAUACACAAGGUAUCAUUUUCGUUGUCGACUCCAAUGAUCGUGACCGUAUCAGCGAAGCUCGCGCUGAGCUCUUGCGCAUGUUGGACGAGGAUGAGAUCCGUGAUGCUCUCCUUCUCGUCUUCGCCAACAAACAAGAUCUUCCUAAUGCCAUGAACGCUGCUGAGAUCACUGAUAAACUCGGCCUCCAUUCUCUCCGCCAGCGCUCUUGGUAUAUACAGGCUACCUGUGCCACCUCUGGAGAUGGUCUAUAUGAGGGUCUGGAGUGGCUCUCAAAUAACUUGAAGAACUUGAAAUGAAGCAGUAAACAGGCAUUUGGAAACAUAUAAAAAAGAG